GGAGCUAAAAGGAGAGCAGCAGCGCUCGGAGCGAGCAUCCCGGACAGACAGCAGCGCAGGCAGCACUCUGCUCCCUCCGUCGUGGCACCUCGUCGCUCCUCCGUGUUUUGAUGGGUUAAUCUGCGACGGGAAACCGAGCAAAACAUCCACCGAGACAAUCCGAGCCGGGACGCCGGAGAUGGAAUGACACGUUUCCCUCCGGAGGGCACUUGUUCGCCGUGACUCUUGCGGAGCUUUCGCCGGGUCGCGUCCACCGCUAGUUUUCGGCACCUUUUCACCCUGUCUGAUGUCCACCUGUUACCGCGAGGUCCACACCUGCAGACAGACUCACCACGGAGCCGCACAGGCGCACAGCUACUACUGAGAUGGCCCGUGCAGAGACCAUCGAGAGCGUUGCAGAAACUGGAGGAGGCGCAAACGGACCUCUUCCCAACACCUGCCGCAUGGAGCUGCCUCACUCCCUGCACACCUGGCCCGGUCUGCACCUCCAUCACAAUCACCACCACCUGCCCACCUGGCAGGCUCCCUACCCGUCGUACCCGCUGCCUUACCCCGACCCGCAGGGCCAGAACCAGCCCCGGACUCACCAGCAGUUACCUGCGUUAUCGCCAUCAGCAACGCCGCCUCCUUCUUCGCCGCUCUGCAGCCGGAGGGACGAGAGGAACCGAGGCACCGUUGCACCCAGUGACAUCUCAGGAGAGCAGUCAGACUCGGACAGAGAGGACCGUCUGCAGGCCUCCAGCCGACAGGGACCUCCGCCCGACCUGCUGCCCCAAAACGAGCACCCGUCCUGGGCCUCGCCGCAGCACCGAGCCCCCAGGGGAGAGGCGGUGCAGGAGCUGGAGCUCAGGAGAGUGGCCAACCAGCUGAGGGCGAUCGGAGACGAGUUCAACGCCACGGUCCUGCGCAGAGUGCACGUCGCCCCCCACUGGCAGGACUGGAGAGACGUUUGCCGAGGACUGGUCAACUUCAUCGCCCAGACGCUCAGCACUCUGUACCGGCUCACGUAGACCCGGAACUGCCGGUUGAGACUUUUCUAUUUUUUUACGUUCUUGGACUUCUCGUCACUUGAUCCUGGAGGCGUGAAGCUGAAAACAAGAACACUUGCUUGAACUAAAGGAAUGGGGAGGACGACGUUUAGCAGCCGGAGUCGGGCUGCUCCCUGUGGAAACUGGACCCUGCCUGUCUGUCUGACUGACCGCUCGUCCGUCAGUCGGUCUGCUGGUACAGACUGCAGCUGAUGGACCGACAGUCGCCUGUAUAUUCUGUAAAAUCAUUCUGUUCUCGUCGUGUCUCGGGGGUCGGCUCAUGAUGUAGCAGGUGUGAGUUGCUGUGUGUUUGUGCGCAUUGAGGACCAGGGUCAGACUGAAACGUCGAUUUCAAAAUAAGGUUUUAUCCAGUUGGGAAAAUUUCACACAUAUUUCAAAACUGGGGGUUUGGACGCUGCGUUAUCGUCCCGAGUUUCUUCGUUUAGCUGUGAUUUCAGCCGACGUUUUGCAGGAGGACGCUUCAUGUCCAACUCUUCCUGCAUCUGCUUCUUCUUCUGCUGCGGAGAUUCGGACCCUCUGAACCCUCUUUGUCAGAUUUGACCCUCGUCCGACGUGCGCAUAUCGCCGUCGUGUCUUUAUCGUGCAACCUGUGUCCCCUUAAACUGUGAAGCUGGACGCUGUGGUUGCAUCGCAGGGAAAAGUCGGGUGUUAUUCCACUAUGGAGCAAAGCGCAGAGCCAAACCUCUCUCCCCAAAUCUGAAGAAAAAAAACAAAAACAAAACUGCUUCAUUUCAUCGUACAACGUGCCUUUCCGCUUGGCGCUCUGUCGAGGCUUAAUCUCCAACACCAGGACAAUCAGCUACACAAACACACAUGCAGUGAAAAACAAAACUCUUUUAAAGUGCUUUGUUUGCAGCCACUAAGUUCAUUUGCAUCGCGUUCAAACAGUUUGAGGUCAUUUCAGGACGGGAGCAGCUUUUAACUCUCAGCCAAACCUUCGGCCGCGCCGUUCGUGCUGCCGACAGUGUUCACAGCCACUCGAUCGACUGUAAAUAUCCUUUCGGAAGACAAAUCUUAACUUAUCCAGAGGUUCUUACGGACUUUAGGAGUACUCGUCGAAGUCCACUGCGUUUGGGAGAUGUUCAUGUAUUUCUGAGUGGCCGUCGGCAACAGUCGUCUGAAUUUAAAUCCAGUGGAUUUGAGAAGGUAUUUCCAUGAGUUAAAUGAAAAAAAAUAUAUGAUUUGGAUCUUUUUGAUUGUCGAAAAACAAGUAUUUGAUGAUGUUUGUACAAUGACCCCUUCGGUUGUGCGACUAUUUUCAUUGUAGUUUAAGAGAAAAUGUUAAUAUGGUAAUUUAUUUUGAAUAGUAGCCUAUCUGUAGCUUGUUUUUUUUGUUUUCUGCAUUAUUUUUGUUUUUUUUUAAAUGUAUUUAUUUUUUCUUACAUUCCUGAUCAAAGUUCUGCUUUACGUUGUAUUUGAGUUGUAACUGUUAAAACAAGAGAUUGAACAACACGGGAGCUACACACUGAAAAGCAUCACUUUUUAAGAUUCAGAAAUUCAGGAGCUGUCGCGAAAACGGACUCGAUCCAUUCAAACGGUACAAAUGUUUUAGAGCAAUGGUCCUCGUUAUUACCUUCACAGAUGAUCCAGAGCGCGCUGUCUUCGUCCACGGAGCGGCGAACUGUUUACGUGACGAUUACGGAGAGCAAUGUGAUGUGAUGGCGUUUGAUGUGUUUGUCAGAAAAGUCCCAGAAUUGUCCCUUUUUUUUUUUUAAAAGCACAAAGAAAUGAGCAUCCCAGAGUCACAGCAAUACUCUAAAAUUUUCGUUCGACAGCUUAAAAUGACUGAACUGAAACCAAACUGAGGCGUCAGUCGGGUGUUUUUAUUGUGAAUUCAGUUCUGAGGCUGUGUGGGUCGGCCGGUGCUACACGUCUGUACUGUAACGUACUUUGGCUUAAAGCGGCUGCUUGAUGGAGUGUUUAAACUUUGAUUUCAGGAAACGAAGGCCCUUCAGCAGAGACGUGUUUGUCAUCAGGGUUUUGUUUUGUUUUGCCAUUUCCACGAUCCCACUCUCACUUGGCCUUAGCGACACCGUUCUGUUUGUUCUCUUUCAUCCCAGGGCCUUGUUCUGGAUGUACAAAGUCAUAAAGAUGCCUGUAGAUGCUCAGCUAAACACAGACCAGCAUGGCAGACGCGUCAUGUACCGCUUGUGUAUCGGUGUUUGUGGGGCGCUUUGCCGUCAUGGCGUCGCCCUUCGGCCCGCGGGUCGCCCUUCGGCCCGCGGGUCGCCCUUUGGCCCGCGGGUCGCCCUUCGCUCGCCUCCGGUCGCUCUUCUCGUCAGAGGCGGCCUCUCGGUGGAGCGCUCGCCUCCGUGUCAGUCACAUGCAGUGUGUAUUUGCCGUUUUUCAACUUUUUUCUAUUGUAAAAUUUCUACAUGAAUUUUGUACUUAUUUCUUUUUUUUAUACAAUAAAGAUAAGAAUAAAUAUA